AUGUUUGCUUCAACAAAUAAAACCACUGACCACAGUUCUUCAACAAAUAAAACCACUGACCACAGUGCUUCAACAAAUAAAACCACUGACCACAGUGCUUCAACAAAUAAAACCACUGACCACAGUGCUUCAACAAAUAAAACCACUGACCACAGUGCUUCAACAAAUAAAACCACUGACCACAGUGCUUCAACAAAUAAAACCACUGACUACAGUGCUUCAACAAAUAAAACCACUGACCACAGUGCUUCAACAAAUAAAACCACUGACCACAGUGCUUCAACAAAUAAAACCACUGACCACAGUGCUUCAACAAAUAAAACCACUGACCACAGUGCUUCAACAAAUAAAACCACUGACCACAGUGCUUCAACAAAUAAAACCACUGACCACAGUGCUUCAACAAAUAAAACCACUGACCACAGUGCUUCAACAAAUAAAACCACUGACCACAGUGCUUCAACAAAUAAAACCACUGACCACAGUGCUUCAACAAAUAAAACCACUGACCACAGUGCUUCAACAAAUAAAACCACUGACCACAGUGCUUCAACAAAUAAAAACACUGACCACAGUGCUUCAACAAAUAAAACCACUGACCACAGUGCUUCAACAAAUAAAACCACUGACCACAGUGCUUCAACAAAUAAAACCACUGACCACAUUGUUUCAACAAAUAAAACCACUGACUACAGUGCUUCAACAAAUAAAACCACUGACCACAGUGCUGCAACAAAUAAAACCACUGACUACAAUUUUCCAAUUAAUGAAACCACUGACCACAGUGCUGCAACUAAUGAAACCACUGACCGCUGUGUUUCAAUAAAUAAAAUCAUUGACCACAGUGCCCCAAAAAAUGAAACUGCUGACUGA